AUGUUUUUGAGAUGACCGGAUCAAAGUAGCUUGUAGAAAAAAGUUGUCUCGACUAAGCUGAAAACAUCAUCCCCAUUUACUAUACAUUAGUUAGUAUAUAUUUUUGUUUUUAGGUCCCUUAAAAAAUUGUUAUAUGAACUAAUAUUUUUAUUUUUAUUAUAUGAGUUUGGUAAAGAAUAUUAAUGUUAAAGUCAAUAUUUCUUUUUAAAUUGUGGACAAUAUCAAGACAUCGAUUUUUGAUUCUAGUAUUAUUUGAUAAGUGAUGAUUUCGCUGUGUUUAAAGUUGAUUGUUUCAAUUUUUAAUUUUGAAUAUUUAUUAUUACACCAAUAUAUUAAACCAUUUAAAAAACAAAUAGUUGAGACAUUUUUAGAAACAUCAUUUAUAUUUAUAUGUCAAAUAUUUGAAUAAUCCACCAUUCAACUCACAAAUUUAUAAUUUUAUCUCAAUCAAUCAAAAUAAAAAACAGGUAGCUCAAAUUAUCUCAUAUAUAUAUAUCCCAAGCAAUAAAAACUCACUUUUCCCCAAAAACAAUGAAUUUUUUCAUUUUCAUUCCACAAUUGCUGUCUCUGUUCCUCCUUUUCUCUCAUUCAUCUUUCGUCUCUGCUUCCGACACUGCUAAACUCUUCCAAGAUUGGAGCAAACAACAUGGCAAAACAUACUCUUCCGAGGAAGAGAAGCUUUACAGGUUUAAGGUGUUCGAAGACAAUUACGCGUUUGUCUCACAACACAACCAAAUUGGAAAUUCCAGUUAUACCCUCUCCCUCAACGCUUUCGCGGAUCUCACUCACCAUGAAUUCAAGACCACUCGUCUCGGUUUGCCUCCGUCGUUGCUAAGAUUCAAAUUCAACAAUCACACGGUUGGUGAUAAUGAUCUUGUGGAAGUUCCGUCGGAGAUUGAUUGGAGACAGAGUGGCGCUGUUACUUCCGUCAAAGACCAAGGAAGCUGCGGUGCUUGUUGGUCAUUUUCAGCUACAGGGGCUAUAGAAGGGAUAAACAAAAUUGUGACAGGGUCUCUUGUAAGUCUUUCUGAACAAGAAUUGGUAGAAUGUGAUACAAAGUAUAACAGCGGUUGUGGUGGUGGACUCAUGGACUAUGCAUAUCAAUUUAUCAUUGAAAACAAAGGUAUCGACACCGAAGAAGAUUACCCGUAUCAAGGUCGUCAAGAACUUUGCAAAAAAGACAAGUUAAAAAGGCGUGUUGUUACGAUUGACGGUUAUGCUGAUGUGCCUUCGAAGGAUGAGAACAAACUACUAAAAGCUGUUGCAGUCCAACCUGUUAGCGUGGGCAUAUGUGGUAGCGCAAGGGCUUUCCAGAUGUACUCGAAGGGUAUCUUCACCGGACCUUGUUCAACUUCUCUUGAUCAUGCGGUGUUGAUUGUAGGAUAUGGUUCGGAGAACGGAGUUGAUUAUUGGAUUGUGAAGAAUUCAUGGGGAAAAUAUUGGGGAAUGAAUGGUUACAUACACAUCUUACGAAACACUGAAGAUUCUGCAGGGUUAUGUGGAAUCAACAUGUUAGCUUCAUAUCCAACUAAGACCAGACCUAAUCCUCCUGUUCCACCUCCACCAGGUCCUGUAAGGUGUAAUCUGUUUACUCGCUGUUCAGAAGGGGAAACAUGUUGCUGUGCCUCGAAAUUUCUCGGAAUAUGUUUCUCUUGGAAAUGUUGCGGUGUAAAUUCUGCCGUGUGUUGUAAGGACAAGCGUCACUGUUGUCCACAAGAUUAUCCGAUUUGCGACACUAGAAAGAGCCAGUGUCUUAAGAGAGUUGCAAAUGGAACGAUAACAAUGGCAUCUGAUAAAGAAGAUACUUUCCAUCAGACAAGAGAUUGGAAAUCUCAAUGAGUAUUUAUCAUUUCCAUCACUCAUUUAUAUUGUUGAAUAUUUCCAAUAGCUUAUCAGUUUGUAAUACGCGAGUCAUUCUAUUCCAAACAGUCAAAUAGGGUAUGAAAGGAAACAGAUAAUAGUAUGAGAUAUUGAUAGGUUAGGGAAUGCUCGGCCGAUCCAAACUUUAUACUAGAAAGGAUGGAUCUAUGUUUUGAAAUGGAUCCAAACUUUUUUGUUCAAUUUUUCUGUUAAGAGUCAAAUUCUCUUGUCUAA